AUGUUCUCCCCACACAAACAGAAGCAGAUCAUCCUCAAGCCCAUGCCACGCAUCCUCCAAAUCAGACUCAUGUCAAACACCGGCAGCACCCGCUACGCCUACCUCCCCGAAACCGCGCCCCUGAGCGAGCUCAUGGAGGCCUGGUGCACCGAAACCAGCACCGUGCCCGCCUGGACAUGUUUCUUCCACGGCCGCCUCAACACACUGCUCGCGUACAACCAGACCGCUGCUUCGGCGCGACUCUGCGAUCUAGACACGGUGAAAGUGGACGUCAACCAGGCGUACGAUGGCCUGCGCGGCCAGUGGGCGUAUGCGAAUGGGUUUUUUGAGAGGUGGUGGUGUGCGGAGCAGGGGUUGGGGGAGGAGGCUCGGCGGGCGCCGGUUUCGGAGGAUAUGCUUGUUGCGCGGGAGAUGAUGGCUAGGGAGAUGGCUGUGAGGUCGAGGAGGGGGGUGGCGCGGUCGGAGGAGUGGUUGUGGGUUUGA